CGUAGCAGCUGCUGAAUCUGGUUUGGCAGGAUUUCUGAGGGAAAGGCGAGAGAGCAGAGACAGACAGAGAGAAAAAGCAUCAGAAUUGUUUAGUUUUUACUUCACUGUAUUUAACUUGUCCUGUGAAUCUUCUCCUGCUGGUGUCGACAUAUUGGGUUUUGGUAUUUGAGUCCGGUUUCAGCACUAGGGUGUAUUUGUUUCUAUCACCCAGGCCAGCGUAGCAGCAGUGAUGAACUGGUCGGGACUGGAGAGUCUGUUGAGUGGAGUCAAUAAAUACUCCACUGCGUUCGGGAGGAUCUGGCUGUCCAUGGUGUUUGUGUUCCGUGUGCUGGUGUUUGUGGUGGCAGCGCAGAAGGUUUGGGGCGACGAGAGCAAAGACUUUGAGUGUAAUACUCGACAGCCUGGCUGUACCAACAUCUGCUAUGACCACAUCUUCCCCAUCUCCCAUAUCCGUCUGUGGGCACUGCAGCUGAUUUUUGUCACCUGCCCGUCUCUGAUGGUGAUGGCUCAUGUUAAAUACCGCGAAGGAAAGGACAUGAAACAUGUGCAGCUGCACCCCGGCUCUCACCUGUACGCCAACCCUGGCAAGAAAAGAGGGGGGCUGUGGUGGACCUAUCUGCUGAGUUUGGUCUUCAAAGCUGGAUUUGACACAUCAUUUCUUUACAUUCUGUAUCGGAUAUACCAUGGAUAUGACUUGCCCAGGUUAUCCAAGUGUUCACUGGACCCAUGCCCUAACACCGUGGAUUGCUUCAUUAGUCGUCCAACAGAGAAAAAGAUCUUCAUGUUGUUCAUGGUUGUAUCCAGCGCGCUGUGCAUCUUCAUGUGCAUCUGCGAGAUGGUUUACCUCAUCGGCAUGCGCAUCGCCAAAUUGUUAAGGAUCCGCCGAGACAACGAGAGGUUCCUAUUUGCUGAGCAGCAUGAGCUCACCGACAUGGCCCCACGUAGGUCUCAGUAUCGUAGGACUGAUCCCACAUUGACAGACAGCCAACUCAGUUUAAACAAGAAGGAGAAGAUCAGAGAAGGUGGUAAAAGUACGGCCCUGUAAGGAGGUUUGUCUCUAACGGGUGGCUACACAACAGGACCAAAAGUUACCUGAUGAAGUUGUUGAACUAAAAAGACUAAUAAAAGGACCAAUCCUGUGUAUCAUGAACCAGCUGAACAUGAGACAUUCAUCACUCUCCUUUGAAAGGAUCUCCAACCCUGGCUGGUUGUAUGUUGCAGGACACUUUAAAGAAGAGGAGUACUAGGUAUUUCAAUCAGGAGUGACUGAAUGAAUGAAGUAAAGAUGAAUGUUUAUUAUAACAGAUGAUAUGUGAUAUUUAAGUUUUGCUAGAAAGUCUUUGGUGCUUGGACUCUACAGGGAGAUUUGUAACUGAGGGGCAUACCCUGAGCAGCAAGCCAGAUAAAUCCUCACCCCCCAUGGAGUCCAGACACUGGUGGUGGUGGCUGAUAACAUCUGAUGAAGCUGAUGGAGCUGAAGAACCUGCGGAGACUGGCAGUGAUGGGGAAAGGGAGGGGGGCGCAUUGCCAUUUGCAACAAUUUGCACUGAAAUGACAGCUGACAACAGAAAGGAGAACGGAUUUAAAUAGCCUAACAGCUGUGAACGUACCGUGUGCAUGACAGCAGCAUAAAUGUAGGCUACUAAUGGCACUUAAACAGAGGCAGCAGGAGGAUGAUGAUAGACUAACAAUGUUUGUGUGUCGCUGAGCUAUUGGAUAGGUAAGAUCAGCUGAUCUCAUCAGAUAAGAGAAUUGACAGCCCAGGACAGGACAAGGAAUAACGAGUGUGCAUGUGUGUGAGGAUUGAAUGCAGAUAUGUCAGAAAUGAAGAAGGCCAAAGCAUGCAAACGUGUACUCUUCCUGAGUGAAUGCUUUAGGUUAUUUACUAUGAAAUGUUUGAAUAUCACAUUUUAUAUAUUUGUAUCAUGCAUCUGAUCAACUUAUGGCUGACUGUACAAGGACAAACAUCCAGCUGGCUUUUAUAAGCACACAGUAAAUCUGACCGUUCUGAUUCUGAAGGCAUCGUUGAUCACAAAUCAACGUCAAUAUGUCAUUUUAAUUACAUGUAACACCUUAGAGUAAGUACUGUAAAUUACAACAACACUGUUAAUAGCUUUACUAAUUGAAAAAGAUUGUGCGUUCAUAUUUCUUCCACUAAAGGGACCAAAAUGCUGCUGGGAAUUUAAUGAGCUGAUGCCCCACACGAAGUGUUGAGUUAUUAUUUAUUACAUUUAUAUAGCGCUUUAUCAUAGACAC